AUGCCUUUCCAGCAAAACUCUGUCCUCUUACCACCACCCCCACCUCCCAACAACCCCUCUAAAAAAAUGAAGUCCUUCAUCGCCCUCGCCACCUUGGCCUUGACCGUCUCCGCCGCCGCCCCCGGCGUCUCAACCCUGAACCACAUCUCGUUCACACAACCCGUCGGCGAAGGCAUCACCUACGCCGCAGGAACAAACCAAACCUUCUCCUGGACCAUGGCCUGCACCGCUCCCUCAACCCUCGUCUCGGCCACCCCCUCUGCCACCGAAGUCGACUUUAUGGACUCCAACAACAUCGAUAACGCAUUCUAUGUCAAGAAGGUCGGUACCAUCGAUUGCACCAAGUCUGUCGGUAACUUGGUCUGGACGGUCCCCGCGGAUACCAAGCCUGGUGUUUAUGCGCUCCAGUUGUUGUUGACACCCAACAACGCCUACUCUGGUCGGUUUAACGUUACUGCCCCUGGUGGCGCAAGUGGAGGAAGUGGCGGUGCGACCGCUGGAGCUGGAGGAAGUGGUGGUGCGACCGCUGGAAGUGGUACGGCUGCCGGUGGUGCUACCCAGGGAGGCCAGAACUUGGGCCAGACUGGAAGUGCUGCCCAGGAGUCGUUUGCGGUCGCCAAGACCCUCACCGCCCUCCUCGGUGCCGCCGCUGCCUUUACACUUUUGUAA